AAGUCAGUCAGCUUGGAAGUUGUGGCGGUGAUGGAAUAGUCUUAGUUCGAUGUCAAGCGCAGCACGUCGCCUGGCUCUACCAGCGCGUUGACCACGAAUCGCGACUUUAAAUUUCUCAAAUCACCUAUAAAAUUGUUUUAACAAAUCUUCAUUUUAUUAGAAAGGCUCUGUGUUUCCAUGUCUAUGUGAAAUCCGUGCCGAGUUUCUUCAUCGGUGGUAUUUCGAGUGAAGGGAUUGACCGGUAUAUCGCAAUACUGGUAGUUGUUAAUACUUGCUGGUUUGCUUGGUUCUCAGCAUCACAAAAGUGUAUGGUUAUCUCUAAUAAUAAAAGUAUAAAGUGCACAAAAUGGGUUUACAAUACAAUGAAAAUGGCACCCCUUACGUUGUGUGGGGUGGACAUAAAAUUGAAUUAGAGACCGAUCCUAUUACUGAAGAUUUUUAUGCAGAAAAAGCGGAAAAAGAACUCAGAGAAACCCCAGAAAAUGUUGAAAAAGGCAUACGAGAACUGCGUGAGCUUUUAAAAGGUGAAACAAAUCUAGUUAUACCAUUGGAAAGUGACGAGUUUCUUAUGAAGUUUUUGCGACCGUGCAAGUUUUAUGCAGAAAGCGCUUUUAAAAGGAUACAAGCAUACUACAAGUUUAGAUUGGCGCAUGAAGCACACUGCUGUGACUUGCGGCCCAGCGUUGUGAGGGCAGCUUUUGACCACUCAGUCGUAUCUAUACUGUCACCGAGGGACCGAAAUGGCCGACGUAUAAUGCUUGUGGAAUGUGGCGAAGGAUGGAAACCACGGGAGGUUCCUUUAGCAGAGGUGUUCCGUGGCGUCCAACUGGGCUUGGAGUCAGCUAUGGUGGAGCCCCGUACCCAGGUUUGUGGGGUGAACGUUAUCCUGGACAUGAAAGGGCUCUCAUUUUCACAUAUAAUGCAAUUCACGCCUUCCUUCGCGAAAAUGGUUGUCGACUGGAUUCAGGAUUGUAUCCCAAUUCGGUUAAAAGGAGUGCAUGUCGUCAAUCAACCUUACAUUUUCAACAUGCUGUUUGCUAUUUUUAAACCAUUCCUAAGAGAAAAGCUGCGCUCAAGAAUCCACUUCCAUGGAACCAAUAUGGAUUCUUUACAUAAGCAUGUGGAUGGCGUGGCACUUAUGCAAAGGUUUGGAGGUAGCCUGCCUAAUAACGAGAUCACUGGUGAAAUGAUGUGGAAGAUGCUGUGUUAUUAUGAAGAGAAUUUUAAAGUUGCAAACACACAUGGGUAUCUCAGCAACAACAAUAAAUGAACUCUGAAAUCUCUUAUGCUCAUUUACAAUGUGGACUAUACUAUGUAAAUAAUGUUACUGGUUAAUAUUCCAACGACAUUUAUACGUAUUCAUCAAUACUACUAAUUUUAACUGGAAUAAAAUAUUAAAUAUAUUAAUUGAGAAGCAUUCGAUGUUUUCUCAAAUUAUACGUAAUUAUAGUAUUAUAUACCUAGGCACACUGUUGUGUUUUAAUCAUGUUUUUGUAAUGUUUUUACAACCUUAAUUGUUAUUAAAAGUCGUGUAUUUCAUUUAAACUGUGAUGUGGUUAUAUGGUACAGGGUUGUUGUUAAAUAAAUAAUUUAUAAAUUAAA